AUGGAAGUAAAAGAAUGUAACGAUUUAACAGAAGAAAAUCAAUUCAUUGUAGACGAUGUGAGUAAAAUAAUUAAAGAAGCAAUCGAAAAUUCCAUCGGAGGCACAGCAUAUCAACACAAUAAAGUGAAUCAAUGGACUUCUGCUGUAGUAGAAUCUUGUUUAGGACAACUUACGAAACUUCAAAAGCCAUAUAAAUAUAUAGUUACAUGCACAAUAAUGCAAAAGAAUGGAGCAGGUCUACAUACAGCUUCUUCUUGUUUUUGGGAUAACAAUACUGAUGGCUCAUGCACAGUCCGCUGGGAGAACAAAACCAUGUACUGCAUUGUCUCUGUUUUUGGUCUUGGCAUA